GUAGCUCGAGGAGAGGAUACAAAGCUACACUAGUCGUGCAUUCAUUUAGUCUGCCCUACUGCAAUCAUGUUUAGUUGGCUAGCAAGAAACGACAGUCGCAAACGAGAGCCUCUCACAUUCACCACAGUCACUGAACGUCUUUGGAAAUGUUACAACGACAAACUGCAGCCUCUCGAAGCAACAUACCUCUUCAGUGAUUUCCACUAUCCUCCAAUGUCGGCACCUGAUUUCGAAGCGAAGCCGAUGGUUCUACUGAUGGGUCAAUAUUCAGUCGGGAAGUCGUCGUUUAUUCGGUAUCUAUUGGAAAGAGACUUUCCAGGUAUGAGAAUUGGCCCUGAGCCAACGACAGAUCGUUUUGUUGCUGUCAUGCAUAGUGAAAAUGAUCGAGUUAUACCAGGAAACGUCCUGGCUGCUGACCCCACUAAGCAAUUUCGCAGCCUCGAGAAGUUUGGAAACUCAUUCCUGCAGAAAUUUGAAUGCUCCGCAACCAACAGUCCAGUAUUAGAGAGGGUAACACUUAUUGAUACUCCGGGAGUGUUGUCUGGCGAGAAGCAGCGCACAGCCCGUGGGUAUGAUUUCGAGGGGGUUAUUGAGUGGUUUGCUCAGAGAUCGGUGAUGAUCAUUCUUCUUUUUGAUGCUCACAAGCUUGAUAUCAGUGAUGAAUUUUGUCGUUGUAUUGGAAGUCUGAAAGGUAAUGAGGAGAAAAUUCGAAUUGUAUUGAAUAAAGCGGACAUGGUGACAACACAAGAGCUAAUAAGAGUCAAUGGAGCUCUCAUGUGGUCUCUUGGAAAGGUCCUAGGAACUCCUGAAGUUGCAAGGGUUUACGUAGGUUCGUUUUGGGAUCGACCUUUUCAAAUUGAUGAUAUGAAAAACCUGUUUGAAGCAGAACAAGAGGAUCUUUUUCAUGACAUCCAAGAAUUGCAGAAACAGGAUGUUACACAGAAGGUGAAUGAUCUGAUUCGAAGAGCUCGUCUUGCUAAAGCUCAUUGCUUUCUUAUAUCCAAAUUGAAGAGUCAAAUGCCAUCAUUCUUUUGGAAGCAGUCUACGAAAGAAGCAUUAAUCAAGGACUUAAAGUCAGUCUAUGAUCAAGUCCAACGUGAGGCUAAGAUCUCACAAGGUGACUUUCCACCUCUAUCUAACUUUCAGGAUCAACUGAAGGCAUAUGACUUCAGUACAUUUUCAAAGUUAAAUACCCACCUUGUUACAAAAGUUGAUGAGAUGAUGGCAGUAGAUAUUGCAGAAAUCAUGAAAGAAAUGUCACAAGAACAAGUUCCAAAUCAAGCCAUUACAGGUGGAGCAUUUGGCACUACAGAGGAUGACUUAACCAAUCCUUUCUCUGGUGAUGAUUCUAUCUCCAAUAAUGAUCUUCUUUUACUUUGUGGCCGUCAACAACCUGAACAAUGGGUAUUUGUUACCAGAUGGGAGGAACUGAAACGAGAUCACAUGGCUAGCGCUGAAUAUGAUAAACAGUUCUUUGCUUUGGAACCAAAGGAUGGAAAGCUGUCGAGUCUCAAAGCACGAGAAGAGAUGGUAAAGUCUAAGUUACCAAACUCUGUUUUGAAAAAGAUCUGGUCACUUGCUGAUGUUGAUAAGGAUGGAAUGCUUGAUCAAAAUGAAUUUGCCAUCGCCAUGUUUCUUAUUAAUUCUAAACAGGAAGGACAUGAUCUUCCUGACCAGCUCCCAAUUGAACUAAUUCCAUCAUCCAGGCCCGAACCCAAUCAAGUAGAUGGAAAUGACACUGACAGGGAUUGAUUAUUUUACUUUUGUAAUAGUUGCAUGUAGCAAGUCAAUUGUUGUGAGCUAUCCAUAGUGGUGUAUGUGUUUUCUAUAUCAUUGCUAGUCUUUCAUUACUAAGUUUGACAAUAAAUAUGCA